AUCUAAGAAUACUUUAAUAUACACUAUUAAUAUCCAGCAUAUACUUGUACAAGUACCUAGACAAAGUACUAGUCAAAUCUACAAAAGGCUUAUGAUACUCUGAUAUUACCCUGGGUUGGACCGGUUGUUAAGGCUAAAAGCUACCCAGUACUAAUAUAUACCAUGUCAGUAGGUAGUAUCUUAGGUUUGAUCGUAUUUAUUCUCGUCGUUGAGAUAUUCAUGUUUCAAGACUUUCUGUCCUACAUAUAUAUAUAUCUGGUAGAACGUGCUGCUGAUGGUCACGUGGACUACAAGAGCAACAUCGCCUACGGAAUAUGUAAAUGCACCGUCAAGGCUGUAAAGCCUGCGCCGGUACCCGACCACACUCCUUGUCAUUCUUCCUGGCUAAAUUUCAGUUCAAAACCAAGGCCAAGAGCUCUAAUCACAUCGGCUGAUGGAUAUAGUCCGAGUGCCGCGACUGGAACCUGCUGUACUCGCCUAAUGACGUGGCUUCUGGGACUUUCUGGCUCCCACUGCGGGAAAUGGAUGCAAGGAUUAGCCCUCACUUGCCUGCCGGUUUAAAGGCGUCCUCCCUUGCUCGAGUGAGGGUUCAGGGCACUAUAUUCCGGGUUACACUGUAUGUAUGCUGGCGGCAAGGGCUGAAUAUUGAGGUCGUGCCCCUUAUGGAGCGAUUGAAAUGGAUCCACGUCGCAUUCCUCCACUUGCCGCCAACAGGCAAGCAACUGUGUAGCCUUGGAGGUUGACUGGUUAGCGCGCACCUCCUCGACCUAGUGCUCGUCUUGCCUGACUGGCCAUGGACGAAGCACUCCUGGCUUUGCCGAUGCUAGCAAUCUGUCUUCCUUUCCCUUGCAGCAGUUUCCAAAGACUCACUCACGUUGUUGCCAGUAAACUUCCUAUAUAGGGCCCCAAUAAGCUAUCGGUGCUGCGGGAUCAUAUGUUCCAGUCUUGUUCUUUCUGUAUCAUCAGUUACAACCAAACUACCUGUCGACCAAGAUGACUCGCGAGACCGCAGUGGCACCACCCCAGGCCUCAACGCCACCCCAUCAAGACCUGCAGUCGCAACAAGCAUGGAAAUUCCUCAGCAAGGUCCUCACCUCCCCGAACGCCGACCACCAGCUCUGGUGGGAUGCCCUGGCCCCCGUCUUUGGGUCGAGCAUGGCAAUCACGGGCUACAGCAUCGCCGCGCAAUACCAGCACCUGCUCAAGAUCCACGCCGCCAUCAUCCCCAGCCUCGGCCCAUUCCCCAAAGGCGCUGCUCGAAAAAACAUCACCUGGCCCAGCACCUUUGGACCCGGCCCGCUCGAGGCCAGCGUCAACUACCAGCAAAACAACACUACCCUGUACCGGUUCACCAUCGAGCCCACGGGCCCCUAUGCAGGCACCGACGCCGACCCGCUCAAUGAGCUCGCGCCGCGCCACCUCCUACACCAUCUGCGCCACCUACAGCCGGGGCUGGACAUCUCUGCAUACAGCGCCCUUCGCCCGCUACUGGGAAUUAAUGGCGACGAGGGCCGGCGGCACUGGGAGGCGCUGCGCGCGGUCCCGCACAAGUCCCACACCGCCGUCGCGCUGGACCUGCAGCGCGACCCAUGUUCCUCAUUCAAUGUCAAGAUCUACCUCCCGCCGCUACUGCGCGCGACGGCCCUGGGCACCGACGUCGUCAGUCUCAUGUUUGACAGCCUGCGCGAGUACCGCGCGACGACGGGCUCCACGGUCGACUUUGCACUCGUCGAGGACUUCAUGGUCGAGAACCGCACGCGCAUGCUGACGGACAAGUCGUACGUCUCGUUUGACUGCAAGGACCCGCGGCGCUCCCGCAUGAAGAUCUAUACCGAGGCGAUUGUGACGAGCCUCCCGGAGGUCCACGCGUUCUGGACGCUCGGCGGCCGACUUGUGGGCAGUGGCGGGGCAGGCCCGCAGAGUGACAAGGGGUUCGAGCUCGUGGCCAAGGUGUGGGAGGCGCUGUUUCGCGUGCCGCUGCCGGACGGGAGACGCAGAGAGUCGAUGCAUAUCCAGGUGAAUUGGGAAAUGUCGCCCGCGGAGCCGGGCGCCCUCGUGCCCAAGAUCUACUUUACCGUGAUUGAGGACUAUGAUCGGUACGUCUCGGAAGUCGUUGUGCGCCUCUUCAAGGACUUGGGGUGGACGGAUCAUAUCCAGACUCAGAAGAGGAUCGAGCAGGAGGCAUACCCCCUGUGCUUCUCAAACCCAAAAAGCACGCAUUGCUACAUGUGGAUUGCCAUUGCGUAUACCACCAAAUCAGGGCCGUAUGUUACCGUCUACACAGACCCAUCGGCGGAGAUGUUGGAGGCGCAACGACACUCUUGAUCUUGGCGUUGGUAAUGGAACCGAUAUGGGAGUAGGGUGCACAGUAACGCAUCCGUCUUAUUUACGCACAACAUGUGUCCUCUGUACCAAGUGAAUUUCAAUCGACCGACCACCGGGCCAAUCUGUUAUGUUGGCGUGCGUAGCCAGCCAGCCAGCGGGUAAAACGUAUCGCAGAAUGUACUACUCCCCAGGCUGCCUGUCAGAGGGUUGGACAUUAUCAUCUGCAUUAAAGCCGCACCUUCGGCCGGUCUACCCCAAUAAGUAAAAGUAGAGUCGUUUGGCCCGCAGACAAGUGCAUCCGCCCACAAGCGUAACAAAGCUCAGUAUCAAAGGCAUCAUUCAUAUAAAUGAGCCAGCCGCAGCUCGACAAAACAGGUAGAGCAAGGCUAUCAUCUCAAAGGUGGACCCAGCCCAGCUUAAUAGGGCUCCGGCUGCAUGUUCCCUGAUCCGUGCGUGAGCGUGUG